AUGGAGGUCUUGCUUCGCGCUGCCGACGAGCGCAUCAGCUGGAAGAUGCCUGGGGACUCUGCAGCAUCAGGUGCUCCAUUUUAUGCGUUUUUACCUGGCUUUUACGAGUCCGCAUCGCCACAAACUACUUCAGCACAUCCACCGCAUCAAGAUGAGGUGGGCACACACGAGUUGGCCAACGUCAAGUCUCAACCGCCGUCAUCGCCCACUUCAGCUGUAGCCACGGAUACUGCUGAUGGAAGUAAGACCCAGAUCAAACUUCAUGGAGACAAUACGUUCGAGUAUGUGUGGACAAUGAAGCGUAGCGGUGUGCGCGCGAUGGAGUUUACGGUGGAAAUGGAAGGAAAAUGGACCAAACCGGUGCUGAAUCGAACUCGAAGAGGCCAGGAAGACCAACGUGUCAUCCUCUCUGCGCAGCGAAUUCGCUUUCAUCGGCUAUCGAACUACGAGAGCACCGGCGCCGCUCUCCCCGCGCAGAUCCUGUCAAACUCGCCUGCAUGUCGGGUCCUUGCGGGUCUCACCAAGAAGAUCGCCAACAAGUUGGGGGCGCCAGUGGACGUGAUGACCGAAAAGUGGUUACCAGCUCGGGGCGUACGCUUAGCUCCGACCGAGGGCGUGAAAAUCAAGCGGUUCAAUCCUUUCUUCUGGUACGCCUCGCCGACGCACUGCGCAGUGGUUGCCGGCUGGAGCCUGCGUCCGAUAGUGCUUAAGCACGUGACCUAG